GAAGUUUGCAUACCUUCCAUAACAACACAAACUUGGUUUUUCUGAAACAUCUUUUAUUACGUUCUCCAUUUCGUUGUGUUUGAUUUUUCCACCACGACUUUUGGUUAUAGCGGUUGUAACUUCGCUCUCCUCUGAACCAUCAUGAGCCAACGUCAGUCCGAAGAGACCGUAGCUUCGGUCGGCUCAAACACCAGUGGUGGCAGUUCUACCCAGUCUACCCAACUUUCUGCAUCACCAUCAGGCCAGCAACGGUCUAGUUCUCCUGCUUCCACGAGUUCAGCAAGCAAGAGGAAGGGCGAUGACUACGUUUAUUUCGAGCGAAGCACUGAUAACUUUUCAUCUGAUGCCGUAUCUCGUGCAACUGCUGCAAAGUUAAAGCUUGAGUCUUACUACAAGCUCGCUGUUGAUGCCGCGAUCGAACGCAAUGGGAGGCGCACAGAACUUGAGCACAGACUUAAUCAAGCUAUGAUUUCUAAUGAGUCGAAAGAACGCGAAAUUCGCAAAUACCGCAAGCUGGAGUCACAGCAUCUAAGAUUGCGUCGGACAAAGAUUCGUCUCACGGACUUCCGCACAGUCAAAGUCAUUGGGAAGGGUGCAUUUGGUGAGGUAAGAUUGGUUCAGAAAGUCGACACCGGGAAAGUCUAUGCCAUGAAGACCCUCCAAAAGGCUGAGAUGUUAAAGCGAGAUCAGCUUGCUCACAUUCGGGCCGAACGUGACUUGCUUGCUGAAUCUACAUCACCCUGGGUUGUUCAACUCUUUUAUUCCUUCCAGGAUCCACUAUACUUAUAUCUCAUAAUGGAGUUUCUUCCUGGAGGCGAUUUGAUGACCAUGCUCAUGAAAUAUGAUGUUUUCUCUGAAGAUGUGACGCGGUUCUACAUGGCAGAGUGCAUUCUUGCUAUUGAGGCUGUUCAUGACCUCGGUUACAUUCACCGGUGCGCAAUAACUUCCAAUCUUCAUGAUAAGCAUAUAAAUCUUGGUUCCAGGGACAUCAAACCUGAUAACAUUCUGAUAGACAAGAAUGGGCAUUUAAAGCUAUCCGAUUUUGGUCUCUCGACUGGUCUGCACAAGACUACAGAUGGAGAUUUCUACAAGCGUUUGAUAGACCAAGACAAACAAAAAGAUCAUGCCCGAAACAGCGUCCAGGUCAAUGCUAUCCACCUUACAAUGAGUCGCGAGCAAAUUGCCACUUGGAAAGCCAACCGACGAAAACUAGCAUACUCCACUGUCGGAACGCCAGAUUAUAUUGCGCCAGAGGUGUUCUUGCUGAAAGGUUAUGGCAAGGAAUGUGACUGGUGGUCGUUGGGUGCAAUCUUUUUCGAGUGUGUGGUUGGAUACGCGCCAUUCUGCUCUGAAAAUCCAAGUGAUACAUACAAGAAAAUCAUCGAAUGGCCGAACUACCUAUACUUCCCGGAGGAAGUCCACCUUAGUCAGGAAGCUGAGCAUCUGAUUCGCAGCAUGAUGACGUGGGCGAACGUCCGUCUAGGAGUCAAUGAAAUCAAGAAUCACCCCUUCUUCUAUGGAGCCGACUGGGAUAAUUUACGUUAUAUCGCGCCGCCUUUCGUACCCGCGUUAUCAUCUAUUACAGAUACCACAUACUUCCCAACUGAUGAGCUUGGUAACCUACCUGAACAGCUUGAAGCUGUUGAACAAGUCGGAUCUGACAAGGACCUUGCUUUCUUGGGAUUUACGUUCAAGCGCUUCACUGGCGGACAAGCUCCGUGAUUGGAAUGCACGCGUUUCCUUGCUGUCUCUUUCAUCAUAUGACACGCCUGUACCAUUGGAUCGUCUGCUCCGCUGCUCGCUCGCUUGCCGCCCGCCCUGGAUCGAUACCCUUUCGAUACCAUAGAAACACUGAGUUUGUGUAAUCUUGAACAUUGGAUUCGUUUUGUUGCAGAGCAUUUGUAUAUCAGUUGGCAAUCAACUCUCCGUCGUCGUAA